AGGAAGUAAGAUCUCUAUUAGUGUAAAAAAUAAAAAUAAAAUAGUGUAAUUUAACCAAAAAUCGGAACCCAACAUAAACAAAAGACAACACACGCAUCUUACAACUAUUAACAAGAACAAAAACAAUUACCGUUACCGUUAUCGUCACUGUCAAACGUCGUGCAUUAUUAUACCUCGUCCUGGCGGCUCACGUUUUCUUUGCAUUGAGCUAUAAGAAUCAAAUAAAGUAACCAUAACUUCUCGAUUUGUUCAUAUGUGUUUUUAUGUGUGUGCAAUAACAAUAACAACAUCCAAGACGACGACGCCGACGCAGCGCCAACAAGAAUCGCAACGCAACGCUGCGGAUAACGAUUUGACGUACUCAAGUGAAUACUCAAGCGCAAGGAGAACUCAAGCAACGCCAAGCAAUAAAAUCAAGAGACGAACACGACGAUUAAUCAUAGAUAAAUCCUAGCAAAGCGUUUAUACUACAUGCGUUUUAGACUAGACACGGUGACAACAACAAUAUCAACUUUAGCUACACACACACAAGCAACAAACACAUACACGCACAACACACUUCACUAGCUCUUUCUCUAUAACUCUCUCUCGGCUUUUGGAAGUUGCAGUCUCGUUUACUACGUAGCGAGAUUCGCCUGAAAUUUGAAUUUUUGCGCUACCCCACGUGUUAAGCAAAACAGCCUCAAGAUUCUGCCCUUCGGAGCCAACUUUCGUCUGGAGACGACACCAGCUGAGAUGCACAAGAUCACAGCAGCGCCGGCUCCGGCCGCAGCGCCAGCUGGUGCGCUCGAAGCGCCGCUGGGAGCGCCCAAAUAUGGAACACUGAUACCCAAUCGUAUCUUUGUGGGCGGCAUAAGCGGCGAUACCACCGAAGCGGAUCUAACGCGUGUCUUCAGCGCCUAUGGCACCGUGAAGAGUACAAAGAUUAUUGUGGAUCGUGCCGGAGUUAGCAAGGGUUACGGCUUUGUCACAUUCGAGACGGAGCAGGAGGCGCAAAGACUGCAGGCGGAUGGCGAAUGCGUUGUGCUGCGUGAUCGCAAGUUAAACAUAGCACCGGCCAUAAAGAAACAGUAUUUGCAGCCCAAUCCCUUGCAGUCGAUUGUGGCCACCAAUGGAGCGGUCUACUAUACAACCACGCCGCCGGCUCCGAUUAGCAAUAUACCCAUGGAUCAGUUUACCGCUGCCGUCUAUCCCCCAGUUACUGACUUUACAGCCGCUGGCGUGCCAGCCAUCUACCCACCUUCAGCCAUGCAAUAUCAGCCAUUCUAUCAGUACUACAGUGUGCCAAUGAAUGUACCCACCAUUUGGCCUCAGAAUUAUCAAGAUGCUCAAGCACAGUUGCCGCAUCAUGCGCCGCCGCAUACUCCCUGGGAAUUUGAUGAUGGCAGCAACAACAAUAACAACAACAAUCGCACCAGUAGCAAAAACAACAUCUCGGUGACAAACUGGCGCAUGUCCAUGUAGCAAUUGUUGCAG